CUAAUUAAAAAUACGUAUAGAAGUUAGAGUUUUCAAAUUAUAAUCAAGAAAUCAAAGUGUUCUGCAUGAUUAAUAUGUAGUUUUAUUGAUAAGAGUAGGAAUGACAAUUUUACCCAAAUUAAUGGGUAUUUUCUUAUUCAAUCCGAUUGGGUUGGGUACGAAAUUGAAAUACUAGAUAAAUAUGUAGCGUUUGAUGUGUUUAUACACAUAUCUAUUUAUUUGGGUUGGAUUGGUUUGAGUUUUUAAUCCAUGAGUGAAUUCAUAAAAUGAAUAGAAGUUCGCCCCUUGCAAGGAAUAAGACGAUAGGUAAGGCAUGGGCAGGACACCUGGUAGAGAGACCUAAUCGUCGAGUUAAAUAAAUACCAUAGCUUCAAUCUUUUUCACUAAAAUCAUGAUGCAGUAAAUCAACAAAGCUCAAAGUGAUCUCUCUUUCCCCUUCGACGUUCACCUACUGCAGUACCUGAGUUUUGCAAAUUAUAAUUUGGUACCUAAACUUAAUAAUAAUUUAGAUUAGUACCUAAAAUUAAUUUUUUAUUGCAUAUAAAUCCUCAAACUAUGAUGAAUUACAUUUUGGUACCUCAUAAUAUUGUCUUACAUUUUGAUACUAAACUUUUUAAGUUCUUACAAAUAGGUAUGGCUUCUGUAUGUGUAGUUAAAACAACCUCAAGUACAUGGAUAUUCAUACCCAACCCAUGCCCAUUUAGAGUACGGAACCGAAGCAAUACUCAUACCCUACCGAAACUCAUAUAUAAAACACCAAAUCCAUAUAACUCAUACCCUACCCAUAUUCAAUGGGUUUAGUACUUGAGUUUGGAUAAAAUUAGUCAUGUAUUGGUAAUUGUCAUCCCAAAAUAAGUGAUCUCAAGUUCAAGGUAAGUUUUUUCCUCAUUUUCCAUUGGUUAUUGACUCCAAAGUUAGAACUCAGGAGUGUGGUAAAUGUACUCCUUGUACUAUUACUAGACCAACUCGUUAGGUUUAGAUAAAACUUCAUUUCCCUUCUUACUCCAACUUUUCUCAUUUAAUAUUAACAUAAACUUUACUAUUUUACUACUUUUUUUAAUAUGUAAUUUAUUUAUUUUUUGUAUGUAGAUCCACCUCAAUUAAUUUUCAGGCUAUGUCGUGAUCCAAGCCCAAGCCCAACCCCACUUGUGGGAAACGAAACGUGUACCUCAUUGCUACCUCCAAAUCGACCCUACACAAUAUGCACACAAUGGCCUCACGCGCACCCACGUGCUUCCCUCCCUCCCUUGUCUAUGUAGCAACCUCUAUAAAUUCAUGCCAUUUCCCUCUUCCCAUCACCAUCCCACAAAAGCCACCCUUCCAAUUUGGGCACCACAUACUUACUAAGAAAGGAAAGAAAAGAAAAGAAAGAAGAAGAAAAACCAGCACAACAUGGCACCGGCGAAAAAUGCCACUCCACCCGCAACCACCACCACCACCAAAUCAUCAUCAAACCGGGUACAAGAAGAAGAGGACGAGAAGCUUAGCCAAGAGUGCAGGGAGUUGCUUCUUUCCCUUCCAAGGGAGAAAGGGUGGAGAACAUCUUACCUCUACAAGUUCAAAGGGUUUUGGUGCCAACCCAAGCAGAUUCAAGCCAUCCUAUCUUUCCAAACCCACUUCCAGGUCAAGGACACCGACGUCAUCGUAGCCUCCAUCCCUAAAUCAGGCACCACCUGGCUCAAGGCCUUGGUAUUCGCCAUCUCGAACCGAGACAAACACCCUAUUCUAACCUCAGCCAAAUGCCCACAUGACCAAAACCCCCAACCGCACUCGCAACUGUCUCAUCCUUUGCUCGUCUCAAACCCUCAUGACCUUGUUCCUUUCUUCGAGUACAAGCUCUACGCAAACUCUGAUGGCGAUCACGACCGUCUCCUCGACCUCUCAGGGCUCCCUGAUCCGAGACUCUUUGCAACCCACAUACCCUUCGGAGCUCUACAAGAGACCAUCAAGAAGUCGGGUUGCAAGAUUGUGUACAUAUGUAGGAACCCUUUGGACGCGUUCAUCUCCUCGUGGAUUUAUACCAACAAGCUGAUGAAAGAGGGUGGCCUUCCACCUUUGCCCUUGGAGGAGGCAUUUGAGAUGUAUUGCCAAGGGGUAGUUGGGUUUGGUCCAUUUUGGGAGCAUUUGUUGGGGUACUGGAAGGAGAGCUUGGAGAGGCCAGAGAAAGUGUUGUUCUUGAAAUAUGAGGAGAUGAGAGAGGACAAUCAAGGGCUUCAUUUGAGGAAAUUGGCUAACUUUCUUGACUGUCCAUUUUCCUUUGAGGAAGAAAAGGGUAGUGUGGUAGAUGGGAUUGCAAAGCUCUGUAGCUUCGAGAAGCUCAAGGAUUUGGAGGUGAACAAGAGCGGGAGUGGGGCGAUUAUGACCUUUGAGAACAAACACUUGUUCAGGAAAGGGCAGGUUGGGGAUUGGGUCAAUUACUUGCCCCCUUCCAUGGUGGAGAAGUUGGCUAUGGUCAUGGAUGACAAGCUUGGUGGCUCUGGUCUUGAGUUCAAACUGUUCGUUUCAUAAUAAUAAUUAUUAUUAUCGAUUAAAGUUUAUUAAGCUAUGCUUGUUAUCAUUAUUAUUAAAUGUUGCAUUUUUAAUUUGGGAAGAUCGAUGGAUGCUUUGAUGAGAAAUGUUUGUAAUGCUGCUAAAUGAUUUGUGUGAAGUAUGAAAGUUUAAUUUUGCUAAUUACUUGCAUCAUGUAGACCCUAACAUAAAAAAUGCUUUCCUACGAAUUAAUCUUUCAAUCGAACUUCCCUUAUCACCAAAAAAAAAUAAAAUCUUCCAAUCGAAUUUGAUAAACGUAACUCAUACAUUUUUCAAUUGUUGUGAUAACAUUUUUGUCGUUGAAUGUUUGGUACACGUUUAGUUUACUUGAAGCAUCUAACAAAUGUGGGGGAAAACCUCUACAAUAGUAGCCUCUACAUUAGUACGAGAAAGGAAGUUUCACACUUGGUACGCAUACGAGCAUAAAUUACUUAUUUUACUAACUAUGCUUAUAUGUAAGGCCCGCCAGAAAAACAGUUUUCGUAGCAACUUCGACCCUUUUGUUUAAAGCCUUACAGAUAUCCAAUCUUUGAUCCAAUGACUUGACUUUGUAUAAAAACAUACCUAAUUUAACAUGGUAGAGGCCCCUGGACUCGACUCGCAUCCAUGCUUCUCGAAUUGAGCUCCAAAGUAGGCUUCACAAACACGUUUCCAGACUUAGCCAUUUUCAGCUAGUUUCCCAAUUUUGGCAUAGCCUUAUGAUCAAGUUCAAUAAUGGUCUUCUAGACUUCCUAUCGAGCUCCCAAGCACUUCAAUGUGUACAUGGACACUCCAGCUUCAAAACAAGCCAUUAAUCUCCAAUUUCCAUCGAGCCAAUUGUAAGAUAUGAAUCUCAAAAGUAGGCACCAUGAAACUGUUUUUACACUAAAACAACCGAUUAGGUCGACCUAAUCCUAUAUGACGUCGACCUAAUCCUAACUGAUGUCGACCGAAAAGUGCAAGUCACCGUGAUAUGCAAGUCACCGUGAAAUGCAUGCCACCGUAGGCGCAUCCUAAAAUUUAAAAUGUACAUUACUAAAAGGAAUAAUUUUACUUUCGAAUUAACAAUUUAUUCUUUAAAUCGUACUCAAAAUUCAUCCUAUAUUAGAAUCAUUAAAGCUACUUACAAUCCCAUCAAUGACCUUUUCUAUGAUAUAAUGGUGAAAGUACAAAGUAUUUCUUAAAAACAUUGUACUCAUCAUACAUCAACAACCUUUUCUAUACUAGAAAAUAUCCUAGCUCACAUUAACUUGUGUGUUUUGGACACUACCAAACUUUUUAAAAAAUAUGGUAAAAAGAACAUUCAUAUAGAUCUAGAAUCACUUAGUUUUCCAAAAACAUUAUUUUUUUAAGGUAAAACAAAGUCGACCUGUACGAUGUCGGCGGUACAUCAAAUCCAGAUUGCGGCCGUGAGUCGGCGGUGGCCGGGAGUGUAUUGCAUUUAUCUGAUACGCAACAGGAGCCGGGAGCUUUACUAAAAUCCACCACCACCACUUGCUUGCUGCUUUGUCCUCCAUUUUAGCUGCCCAAUUUGUCCACUUCCAAAAAGAGCUCUGCCGAUUCAAGGUUGUGAACUAGGGCCCAUAUGUCUCGUGGGAUAUUCUAUUAAGUUAUUUUAAUUCGUCAGCAAUCAGCAGUAUGACUAAUAAUCGAUGAGAUUUUGACUUAACUUAACCGAUCUCUCGGUUAACCACAGCCGAUAACAGGCGAAAUAGCCAACCAAAACCGUCACCGAUAGCCUUGUCGGUUACCCGCAACCAAUAACUGUUUAUGCCAAUUCGGUUAAUCGGUUGGCCUUGUACCGAUAAUUAAUAAAAAUGAAAUUAAUAAAAUAGAAUGUCAUUU